CAGGCCCGGGCUUGUCGCCGGCACCACUUCCUGCCUGUGGCCGUGGUGGGAGGGCCGGGUCUCCCCUCUGCCCCUCAGGCUAGGGUCGGGUUCGUCCAGGUUCCCCCAGUCAACUCCGCCGUGAAGAUUGAAGGGUGCAGGCCCAGACUCCCCGCUUGCGCUCCAUCAGGGACUCAGUUGCUUGGGCUCCCGAUCACUUCAUGUGCCAGCGACCCCUGGAGUCCAGGGCCCCCAGCCCUGUCUGCCCUCAGGGACCACGAGCCACUGCAGUCCCCGGGUCCCUUAGGACCCAAGAGUCCAGGCACCUCUUCCCUCCUCUCUCCUCCAGGGCCCACCAGCUCUGAGCACAUCAUGAAGACAGGGGCCCUUUUGCUUCAGGGUUUCAUCCAGGAUCGAGCAGGGCACAUGGGUGGGGAUACCCUGGAGCUGGCCAUGGAGCAGGCACCCCAGGACCCGUCCACCAAGAAGCUGAGCGAGUGUCUCAAGCGGAUUGGGGAUGAACUGGACAGCAACAUGGAGCUGCAGAGGAUGAUUGCAGCCGUGGACACAGACUCUCCCCGAGAGGUCUUUUUCCGAGUGGCAGCUGAAAUGUUUGCUGAUGGCAACUUCAACUGGGGCCGGGUUGUCGCCCUUUUCUAUUUUGCCAGCAAACUAGUGCUCAAGGCGCUGUGUACCAAGGUGCCCGAGCUGAUCAGGACCAUCAUGGGCUGGACGUUGGACUUCCUCCGAGAGCGGCUGCUGGGCUGGAUCCAGGACCAGGGUGGUUGGGACGGCCUACUCUCCUACUUUGGAACCCCAACGUGGCAGACGGUCACCAUCUUUGUGGCCGGAGUGCUCACCGCCUCGCUCACCAUCUGGAAGAACAUGGGCUGAGGCCCCAGCCGCCUGGGACUGUGUCUUUUCUGCAUAAAUUAUGGCAUUUUGGUGGGAGGGAACGGGGACUGGGCAUUUUUCUUACUUUUGUAAUUAUUGGGACGGGAGGGAAGUGUGGCCUGCAGGGAGCUGGGGCAAUAAACCUCCUUCAGCCACAGUCUGGAGUCGGAGUCACCUGGGGAGAGCAGG